UGCCCCUGCUGUAAUCCCCGAACGCCCUAUCUGAUUAUUAAACCCCGAGACUCACCAGUACCUGCCGCUGACAGGGAGAGGGAUUUUCCACCGCAGUUUCGUGACUGGGCCGUGGGAGACUCGGUUGACUGUGUAGGCCCUUAUUUUCCUUAUAAUGUGGUUUUACCGUCUAAGAGUGACCCCGGUUUGACGAACGUAGCUGCGUUUUGUGUUCUCUGUGAAAACGUUGGUCAUGCUCUUCACCUGACACAUUGGUAUCCACUGAACGGACUGGGUUAUACAGGAGAGACAAUUUUGCGCGGGGUUUCUGUUAUGAAGAAGUUAUUUUGCGAGCUACUGGCCACGGAAGCAGACUGUUUGUCACGCAAUCUCUCUUCUUACGCAUAAAAGAGCUAUAUCACUAAGGCAAAAACGGCGAAUUCAAUAGACUGCCUUUCUUUUCUUUGCUAUCCCAUGGAUAUUCACUGCAAAACAGACCCCUUCCUGGCGAUGCACCGGCAUGGGGGUGUGAACCAGCUAGGCGGGGUGUUUGUGAAUGGCAGACCUCUGCCUGAUGUAGUGAGGCAGAGAAUUGUCGAGCUGGCGCACCAAAGUGUCAGGCCAUGUGACAUCUCCCGCCAACUACGGGUCAGUCACGGCUGCGUCAGCAAAAUACUCGGCAGGUACUAUGAAACCGGCAGUAUUAAACCCGGAGUUAUCGGGGGCUCCAAACCAAAGGUGGCGACUCCUAAAGUAGUUGAUAAAAUCGCAGAUUACAAGCGUCAGAACCCCACCUUGUUCGCUUGGGAGAUUCGAGACCGACUUCUGUCCGAGGCCGUCUGUGACAACGACACCGUUCCCAGUGUGUCAUCCAUCAACAGGAUUAUUCGCACCAAAGUCCAGCAGUCAUUCCACCCAUCGCUUGACGGUUCCAUAACACCACUCUCCACGCCUGGACACACCAUAGUCCUUAGCACGGCCUCUCCCCCCGUUACCGGCGCCUCCAACAACCCGGUAGGAUCCUACUCCAUCAACGACAUCCUGGGGAUCCCCCGCUCCAAUGGUGAAAAGAGGAAAGGAGACGAUGUUCCCUGGAGUGGCAACCACUUGGAUGGGCGGAAAAUCGGACAUUGCCACUCAAAGGCCCUCUGUGCUCGCCACUCGGCCUCCACCCAGCAUUCCGCCCAACCCUUCACCCAGCCCACAGACCAUUAG